UGCAGAUUGACUACGGCCUGUCGAAGAUUAAGAAGUCAACGAUGAACCUCACCAACUCGCACCCAAAGAACACGAAGUGGGUGACAAGCAUCCGCGACGUGGUUCGACGGGUGAGGAGAGAAAAGGGGGAGGAGCAGCAGGGAGGUAGCAGCAGGGAGGAGGCAGCAGGGAGGGAGCAGCAGGGAGGAAGCUGCAGGGAGGGAGCAGCAGGGAGGAAGCAGCAGGGAGGAAGCAUCAGGGAGGUAGCAGCAGGGAGGGAGCAGCAGGGAGGAAGCAGCAGGGAGGAAGCAGCAGGGAGGAAGCAGCAGGGAGGAAGCAGCAGGGAGGGAGCAGCAGGGAGGAAGCAGCAGGGAGGAAGCUUCAGGGAGGAAGCAGCAGGGAGGAAGCAGCAGGGAGGGAGCAGCAGGGAGGGAGCAGCAGGGAGGAAGCAUCAGGGAGGGAGCAACAGGGAGGGAGCAACAGGGAGGGAGCAUCAGGGAGGUAGCAGCAGGGAGGAAGCAGCAGGGAGGAAGCAGCAGGGAGGAAGCAGCAGGGAGGAAGCAGCAGGGAGGAAGCAGCAGGGAGGGAGCAGCAGGGAGGUAGCAGCAGGGAGGGAGCAGCAGGGAGGAAGCAGCAGGGAGGAAGCAUCAGGGAGGGAGCAGCAGGGAGGGAGCAACAGGGAGGGAGCAGCAGGGAGGGAGGUAGCAGCAGGGAGGGAGCAGCAGGGAGGGAGCAGCAGGGAGGGAGCAGCAGGGAGGAAGCAGCAGGGAGGGAGCAGCAGGGAGGAAGCUGCAGGGAGGAAGCAACAGGGAGGAAGCAGCAGGGAGGGAGCAGCAGGGAGGGAGCAACAGGGAGGGAGCAGCAGGGAGGUAGCAGCAGGGAGGAAGCAGCAGGGAGGGAGCAGCAGGGAGGAAGCAGCAGGGAGGAAGCAUCAGGGAGGUAGCAGCAGGGAGGAAGCAGCAGGGAGGAAGCAGCAGGGAGGGAGCAGCAGGGAGGAAGCAGCAGGGAGGAAGCUGCAGGGAGGAAGCAGCAGGGAGGGAGCAGCAGGGAGGGAGCAGCAGGGAGGUAGCAGCAGGGAGGAAGCAGCAGGGAGGGAGCAGCAGGGAGGAAGAUGCAGGGAGGAAGCAACAGGGAGGAAGCAGCAGGGAGGGAGCAGCAGGGAUGGAGCAACAGGGAGGGAGCAGCAGGGAGGUAGCAGCAGGGAGGAAGCAUCAGGGAGGGAGGGAGCAGCAGGGAGGGAGCAACAGGGAGGGAGCAGCAGGGAGGUAGCAGCAGGGAGGAAGCAGCAGGGAGGGAGCAGCACGGAGGAAGCAGCAGGGAGGAAGCAUCAGGGAGGUAGCAGCAGGCAGGGAGCAGCAGGGAGGGAGCAGCAGGGAGGAAGCAGCAGGGAGGGAGCAGCAGGAAGGAAGCAACAGGGAGGAAGCAUCAGGGAGGUAGCAGCAGGGAGGGAGAAGCAGGUAGGCAGCAGCAGGGAGGAAGCUGCUGGGAGGAAGCAGCAGGGAGGGAGCCGCAGGGAGGGAGCAGCAGGGAGGAAGCAGCAGGGAGGGAGCAGCAGGGAGGAAGAAACAGGGAGGAAGCAGCAGGGAGGGAGCAGCAGGGAGGGAGCAACAGGGAGGGAGCAGCAGGGAGCAGGGAGGAAGCAGCAGGGAGGAAGCAGCAGGGAGGGAGCAGCAGGGAUGAAGCAGCAGGGAGGAAGCUGCAGGGAGCAAGCAGCAGGGAGGGAGCAGCAGGGAGGGAGCAGCAGGGAGGUAGCAGCAGGGAGGAAGCAGCAGGGAGGGAGCAGCAGGGAGGAAGAUGCAGGGAGGAAGCAACAGGGAGGAAGCAGCAGGGAGGGAGCAGCAGCGAGGGAGCAACAGGGAGGGAGCAGCAGGGAGGUAGCAGCAGGGAGGAAGCAGCAGGGAGGGAGCAGCAGGGAGGAAGCAGCAGGGAGGAAGAAUCAGGGAGGUAGCAGCAGGGAGGGAGCAGCAGGGAGGCAGCAGCAGGGAGGAAGCUGCUGGGAGGAAUCAGCAGGGAGGGAGCCGCAGGGAGGGAGCAGCAGGGAGGUAGCAGCAGGGAGGAAGCUGCAGGGAGGAAGCAGCAGGGAGGAAGCAGCAGGGAGGGAGCAGCAGGGAGGGAGCAGCAGGGAGGAAGCAUCAGGGAGGGAGCAGCAGGGAGGGAGCAACAGGGAGGGAGCAGCAGGGCGGGAGGGAGCAGCAGGGAGGAAGCAGCAGGGAGGGAGCAGCAGGGAGGAAGCUGCAGGGAGGAUGCAACAGGGAGGAAGCAGCAGGGACGGAGCAGCAGGGAGGGAGCAACAGGGAGGGAGCAGCAGGGAGGUAGCAGCAGGGAGGAAGCAGCAGGGAGGGAGCAGCAGGGAGGAAGCAGCAGGGAGGAAGCAUCAGGGAGGUAGCAGCAGGGAGGAAGCAGCAGGGAGGAAGCAGCAGGGAGGGAGCCGCAGGGAGGGAGCAGCAGGGAGGAAGCAGCAGGGAGGGAGCAGCAGGGAGGGAGCAACAGGGAGGGAGCAGCAGGGAGGAAGCUGCAGGGAGGAAGCAGCAGGGAGGGAGCAGCAGGGAGGGAGCAGCAGGGAGGAAGCAGCAGGGAGGGAGCAGCAGGGAGGAAGCAGCAGGGAGGGAGCAGCAGGGAGGAAGCAGCAGGGAGGAAGCAUCAGGGAGGUAGCAGCAGGGAGGGAGCAGCAGGGAGGGAGCAGCAGGGAGGAAGCAGCAGGGAGGGAGCAGCGGGGAGGGAGCAGCAGUGAGGGAGCGACAGGGAGGGAGCAGCAGGGAGGAUGCAGCAGGGAGGAAUCAGCAGGGAGGCAGAGGAUUAACAGCAAAUGA